AUGACUUCCUUUUAUAUAAUUAUUCCAUCCAAUACUAAUGUUGAAGGAAAUAGAACUAAUUCUUUUAGAGUUAGAUUACCCCAUAAACUAAAAUUUAAUUCUGAAUGGAAUGUUGGAUUAUCUGUCAUGGUUUAUCCUCAUUCCUGGCCUUCACUUGGGACUACAACCGAACAAAAUAUAACAGUUGUUUGGAAAAGUGGUGAGAUUGUUCGUUUAGCAGUACCUUCUAAUAGUUUAACUAACCCUCAAAAUUUAAAACAAAGCCUCGAUAAAUCUCUUAAUGAAGGAAGUGAGGCACUUUCGGAAAAAAUGCGCGGUUGCCAAAUUGAGUAUACCAAUAUAUUAAAGGAAACACGAAGCAAGGCUAAGGAAGAGUACAAAAAAUUAAAAGAACUUGUACAGAGCAGUAAAAAGGUAUCUACAAACGUAACAACCGUAAAACAUGUAAUUAUUCCUGAAGGCGAAAUUCCUAAACUGAGAAGCGAAACAGAGAUUUAUAACGAUAUGGUUAAAGCAGAAAUUGACAAAUUGCCUAUAGAAACUAGGAAAAUUAUUGAACUGACUCGUGAAAGUGGCUUUGAACCGUGGAUUACAGUAUAUCGAAAACCAAAAUUUGCAUGUGACUUUGAGUUCCACUCACAUAAAAAUAGGUUUUCAUUAUUUAUCGACAAGAAGUAUAUAGAACAAAUUGAAAUAAGCGAGCAGCUGGCAUAUAUUCUUGGUUUUGAUUCACAAGUAUUAAAGGAAUCUUGUGUUGCCAAAUUUAUGCCAGAUAUGAGAGGAGGGGUUUCUUGUUUUCACGUUUAUGCACCAGGUCUAAUUGAACCAAUGAUUAUUGGGGAUAUUACCGCUCCAGUUCUCCGUAUUGUAACCAUUCGGGGAAAACAGGACGAAAUAAUUGAGGAACAAUUUCUUUCUAUUCAAUAUCAUAAAUUACUUGUUAAAGAAAUUUCCGAAAUUUUAAUUGAAAUUCGCACGACUAGCGGGUCCUUGAUGCCUUUUCAGUAUGGAACAUGUACAUUAACAUUACACUUUAAAAAAUCUACAUACUUUUAA